AUGAGUAAUGAACUUCAUCAGGACCAACUUCAGGAGAUUGAUGAAGAUGGCAGACCCAGCGGGGAAGAGCCAGCCCUGAGUAACCUUGGCCUCCCCUUCAGCAGCUUCGACCACUCAAAAGCCCACUACUAUCGCUAUGAUGAGCAGCUGAGCCUAUGCCUGGAGCGGCUGAGUUCUGGCAAAGACAAGAAUAAAAGCGUCCUGCAGAACAAAUAUGUCCAACGUUCUGUUAGAGCUGAAGUUCGCCAUCUCCGGAGGGUGCUAUGUCACCGCUUGAUGCUAAAUCCCCAGCAUGUGCAGCUCCUUUUUGACAAUGAAGUUCUCCCUGAUCACAUGACCAUGAAGCAGUUAUGGCUCUUCUGCUGGUUCGGCAAGCCAUCCCCUUUGCUUUUACAAUACAGUGUGAAAGAGAAGAGGAGGUAGGGGCCAAGCCCCCACCCAUCCCUCUGCCCUGCCCUCCCCAGAUAUUUAUGUGAAAUUAACCUUGGCUUUAUUUUUUGAAAUAAAAACU